AAUACCUAGUACAGAUGAACUAAGAUCAUUAUGAAGAGCGGAAAAUUACCCAUCAGCAUUGAGGAUGAGCGCGCACGUUUGCGCCGCAAUCAACGCAAUUCUCGAGCCAGAAAACAGGCAUAUGUACAGGACCUCGAGCAGCGCUGGAAUGAAUGUGUUAGGUUAGGCGUGCAAGCUACCAUUGAGAUGCAAAGAGAGUCUCAGAAGAUCCAAGAUGAGAAUAAACUUCUCCGCCGUUUGUUGCACAGGCAAGGGUUGGAUGAUGUGGCUAUAGAGGCGGCGAUGGUUACUCUCCUAGCUCAGGAGAGUAAGGCCCAGCCAGCUCAUUCUCCGAUGUGUCCGAUACAGACCGUUGACAAUCAUUCUGGCAAACAGCAAUCUGGAGCCGAAGAGUUACCUCAAGCUGAAGUGCCUUCGGAUGCACAGGCCGACGCAUAUCAGGGAUUGAAUAUCGACGAGUGGCUGACGGAUCUUUGCAACAUCAAAGAUGCUUUCGUUAGCGAUGUGUUUGAUGGAGACCAGCAUUCUUAGCUUAUCAGCAUUCACCAAGAGCUUUCACGAACUUAGGCAUCGGUCUGCAACAUGAUAGGGGUUUCACCAAUUUAGAUGAAAAAAAAAAAAAGAACAAACAGACUACAUGUGAUUGAGACUUAUAUUGUACUCUCACUACGAUUGAAUUCUAGUUUUAUUUCUGUGAAUAUGCUUCAUUCAUUAUUUUAAGC